UUCCCUCCACUCCCAAUUCCCUCUCGCGCACUAUAAAACCCCACCCCCCCCAACCCAAACCCUCGCCCAUCGCCAUGGCUCCCUCGACCCCGAGCUCUCCCUCCCUCAAGGUCGCCCUCGCCCUCGCCCUUCUCCGCCAUCGUCGCCACCCUCUCUCUCCUCCCCCCUCCUCCUCCGCAGCCGAUCCCGAUCCCCUCCUCCAUUGGAAGCGCAAGGCGAAGGAUCGGAAGCGGGAGCUAAUGAGGCUACGGGAGGAGCUCAAGCUACUCCAAGACGGGGUUCGUUGUGAGGACGAGCGGCCGCCGAUCGCCUCGUGCCGGUGCCACUUCUUCGACGGGUGCGGAGAUGGGGCCGGCGGCGGGCAUUGGAUUGAUGAGGUUCUCCGGAGGCGGUUCCUGAGGCUGGUUCGAUGGAAAGAGAGGAGGAAAAGGGUUGACGGUUCGAUUCGUCGGAGAAGCUUCAUAGAGUUCAAUAACGAAAAUGAGAUAGAGCGGUUUGGCACAUCAAUUGAAUUUCUGGUGGAGCUAUCUGAUAAUAUUAUGGGGAAGGGAGAAUAUGAUUCCUCUUUCUCUACAUUCUGUCAUCAAGCUGUAGAUUUUAUUUUGGCCUCAUUGAAGAAUAUAAUAUCAUCACAAAAGGAGAGUGAGCUUCUUGAAGAGAUGGCCAAUGGAUUGAUCAUGCGUCUGAUGAAAAGAAUGUGCACCAUGAAUGAUAGCAAGCUGAGUUCAGAUUCUUUUUCAGAUUCCCAGUUCUGCAUUCAACACUUAAUUCGCAAGCUAGGGAAUGAAGCAUAUUUUGGCCAGCGAAUAUUGCUUUCGGUUUCAGAAAAAAUCUCCAUUGUAGCUGAGAGCUUUCUCUUCACCGAUCCAUUUGAUGAUACUUUCCCUGGAAUGCAUGACAGCAUGUUCAUGAUGAUUCAACUUGUGGAGUUCUUGAUUUUGGACUAUAUAAAAAGCUGGAUGAGCGAUGAACGCUUCGACAAGAGUAAGCAUCCAUCUUUGCCUGAUAGAGCUUUUCGAAGAAUGGGUGAGGUCGAUUCUCAAAGCGCGCAAGGAUUUGGAACUCCUCGAGAACAUGAACGGGCUCUAUACACUCUACAUGGAGCGAGCCGUUGGCAAGUUGGCGAAGGAGUUGGGCCCCGUCGCUACCCAAGGGAUGCUCGACAUACAAGUUCUUUCUAAACUCUUCUCCUGAAUAUACAUAUACAUAUUGUCCAUAGCCCCAUCUAUUCUAAAUUUGCUGAAUAUAUAUGCAUCUUAAUUGGAUUACAAGAACAUUUUAUAUCUCUAAACAAACAUAGGGUUCUUCAUUUCUGAUAUUUGUAGAUAAAACUAUAUAAGAUUUUCGAAAACUAUAUGUAGAUCCCUCUAUAAAGCAUUUUAUAUUAGAGAAUAAAGAAAUUUUUUCUAGUAGUAAAGGUGUUAGUCUUUGUUGGAUUCUCCAAUUCUCUCUCUCUCUCUCUCUCUCUCUCUCUCUCUCUCUCUCUCCUCACUACAAAUUUCUAUGGUGUAAUGUGUGUCAACUAUUGCACAGGUUUGGAUAUUCUGAUAUAAUUUGAGGGGCCAAAAUUGUUAGGUAAAAUGUAAGCAUAGUCCCUGUACUAUCUCGAUAUUGCUACAUGGUCCCUUUGCUUUGAAGUUGAACACGUUUGCUCCCAAAUUUCUCAUUUGUUAUGUAGAUAUUGCACUUUGGACCUUAACAGUGAAUAAAGCAAACAUUUAUUAGCUUUCACUGUAAAAUUGAUCUUUUAAACUAGCCUGAAUAAAACAGAAAAAGUAUGUCAUCUUAUAGAAUAGGCAAAAUGAUUAAUUUAUAAAAAGAAUUAUUAUUACUACUAUUAUUUUAUAUUUAAGUACUAAAGUGUAAUAUAUGUGAAGAUUUAGGGAUUUAAUUGUUCAAGUGAGUAAGCAGGGACCAAGGUGCAAUAUGUUGGUAGUACAGGAACUUUUCAUACAUUUUACCCCUAAAUCAUAUCCUUCUCUUAAUAAAUUAUAGAACUAGGCUGGAAUAGUAUUAAUAGCACCAAUAACUUGGUGCUAUUAAGUUUUCUAUU